AUGUUGAUAAAUAGAAAUACUCAUUUUCUUUCCGGGGAUGCUUAUAUGGAAACCUUAGCAUUGCUUACAGAAACUUUGCCCAACAACAAAAUCAUGAAUACAAGCAGUACUUCCAGUCAUUUCCCUUUCUCUGAUCUUCCAUAUGACAUAAUAACCCACAUUUUAGCUACGCUUCCUGUCAAAACCCUAGCGAAAUUCAGGGCUGUGUGCACAUCCUGGCGCACUUACAUCGAUUCCCCUUCUUUCAUCUCCAAGCAUCGAAAUCUUUACAAUAAAGAACAUUCCAAAAAUUCCCAUUUACUGAUUGAAGAAACUUAUAGUCCUAGACGAUUCUGCCUGCAGCGUGUUACCAACGGUCAGAAAUUAACCACUCUUGUUUUUCUUCCUUCUUUUUCUGCUCAUCCUAUCAUACCAUGGAUUUAUGGAGCCUGUAAUGGGUUAUUUCUGAUGAGAAUGAAUGGUAUAUAUUUGUGGAAUCCCUUUCUUAGAAAAUCUUUGAUUCUUCUACCUUGUCCAAUUGUUACCCCCUUCCAAUUUACUCAUUAUGUUAUAGGAUUUUCCACCUCUUAUGAUGAUUAUAAGGUACUUGCCUAUCGGCUUCGUACCAUCAAUAAUGGUAAUGAGUAUGAGCCCGCCAUGGCAGUUUAUUCACUUAGAAAUCACAUUUGGACUAUUAAAAUCAAUCCCGUGAAUGUCGAUGCUUGGACUUCAUUAAGGGCCCCUUUUUCUCGUAACAAAUAUGUUUAUUGUGGAUGGAUUGUUUACUGGUUUCCUGAAGGUGAUACCAAAAUUAUCCACUCUUUUAAUUUUAAUAAUGAAGAAUUCAAUAAUGUGGCAGUACUUGAGCCACUGAAAGAAUGUAUGAGUUUAGUUCUUUUCAGCAUCGGCGAGUUGUUAGCUGUUAUGUCAUCGUCCUCCAUAUGGGUAAUGGAAAAGCAUGAUAGAGAGUACACAUGGAGGGAAUGGAGUUCGGAAUCUUGGAUUAAAAAUGUUUUUGAUAUAUUAGAAGAGCAAAUAUUGGAAGAGGAAAUUCCAAUUAGUCCUAAGGUUUUCUUUAUUGAGCAGAGCAAUACAUUUUUAAUUAUUGGGUUUUGGGGUGGAAUACAAUUUUAUGAAGUUACAAGUCAAAAGUUAGAAACGUUGAGGAAUAAAGAUGCUCGUUUUUAUUUCUGGGGUGCUUAUGUGGAUACCUUAGCGUUGAUUACAGGAACGGAAGGGAUGAUGUUCACACGUUUUCCUUAA